AAUAUGCUUCUCUCAUCUUUCAAUCUUAACGUACCUCAUGAAGUGAAUAAGAUAUUGAAGAAGCUUGAAGAUGUUGCUGGUGAAAUAGACACUCCUGUCAUGACUGAAAUGAUGAAAUCUAAGAGGCGUAAAAUAACAAUGAAUCGAUGCUAUACUAGUUCCUUGGUGGAUGAAUCAUCUGUGGUUGGAAGAGAAAAAGAUAAGGAGGAGAUCUUGAAGUUGUUGCUGCCCAUGAAUGGUGCUAGAGAGGGCACUGUUGGUGUUAUUUCAAUAAUGGGUAUGGCUGGAAUUGGAAAAACCGUAUUAGCUCAAAUUGUCUACAAUGAUGCAGAGGUAGUGGAAAAGUUCGAUUUGAGAAUGUGGGUUUCUGUUUCUAUAAAUUCUGAUGUUAUGCAAGUGACAAAGUCCAUUGUUGAGUCAGCCACCGGAGAGGUUUUGAUGCUAUCAAAUCUUGACCCGAUGCAACUGAGGCUUUGUAAAAUAAUCAAGGAUAAGAAGGUUUUGUUGGUGUUAGAUGACAUGUGGGAAGAGAGCAUUCAAAAUUGGGAUGUCGUGAGAUUGCCCUUUAGGGUUGCGGCCAAAGGAAGCAAAAUUUUGGUGACUACCCGAAGUAAGUUUGUUUCAUCUGUUGUUGCCACGGUACCUGCAUAUAACUUGCAGCCUUUGUCAGAUGAAGACUGCUGGAAAUUGAUCAAACAAAUGGCUCUAUCAAAUAGGAAUUGCAGCGAACUUGAAAAUUUAACUAUGGUUGGUAGAAAGAUAGCUGAAAAAUGUAGUGGGUUACCUUUAUCAGCCAAGACUCUUGGGAGUGUGUUAAGCUUGACUUUGCAAGUAAAAGAAUGGGAUGCUGUGUUGGGGAGUGAAAUAUGGGACUUACCUCAAGCUAGAACUCACAUAUUUCCUGCCCUUUGGUUGAGUUUUGAUUCUCUGCCUUCUCAUCUAAAAACAUGCUUCAUCUAUUGUUCUGUUUUUCCAUGCAAUUACGAUUAUGAAAAGGGACAUUUAAUCCAAUUAUGGGCGGCAGAAGGAUUUGUUCAAGCAGAAAGAAUGAGAAGAAUUGAUGACAUCGGAAGAGAUUACUUUGAUGACUUGUUAGCGAGGUCAUUCUUCCAUUUUUCUCAUGUGAAUGAUCUUGGUCAAGCAAUUUAUAAAAUGCAUGGCCUUGUCCAUAAGUUUGCUCAACUGAUUUCUACAGAUUUAUGCUUCCGAUUGGAGGAUGAGAUCUCGAACUUGUUACCUGUGUACAGACAUGUUCGCCAUUCAUCUUGGCUAUGUAAAAAUUUUAAAUCCACCACAUUGGAGGUUCUCCAUAAAUAUAAGGGAUUACGGACAUUCAUGGUACAUAGCAUUGGAUGCCAAAAUGCAAGUAUUCCUUACUAUUUCUUUGCACACCUGCCACGUUUAAGAGUGUUGAAUUUGAGUUCUACUGGUAUCUCCGAACUUCCAGAAUCUAUCGAGAAUCUAGAUCAUCUUCGACACCUUGAUGUUUCUGAAACAUCUAUUGUGAAGUUGCCAGAGUCAGUCACAACUCUAUAUGGACUGCAAACUCUUAAUCUCAGUGGUUGUAAUCAGUUUCUUCAAUGGCCCCGUAAUAUGAAGAACUUGAUUAACCUUCAACAUCUUUAUUUUUUAGAUAUGAAGCAUCAGCUGAGUUCAAUGCCAUCAAAUUUUGGAAAAUUAACAAAAAUUGAGACUCUCUCUGCAUUCAUUGUGGGAAAAGGUGAAGGAUUUCGUAUCAGUGAACUUCAGAAUAUGAGAAGCAUUCAGGGAUCUCUCUGGAUUACGAAUUUGGAAAAUGUGGGAAAUGUGAAAGAGGCCAAGGCUGCAAUUUUAGACAACAAACUGUACUUGGUGAAGUUAGAGUUGGAAUGGAACAAAGCACCCCAUGCCUCUCACCAUCACAAGGUUCAAGCAGGAAUACUUGCGAGUCUUCGGCCUCAUAAUGCUCUAGAAGAGCUACGGAUUACAAAUUAUAGUGGUUUCAUGUUUCCUAAUUGGUUGAGCGAUCCAGCAUUUUCCAAACUUGUGACUCUUUAUUUGCGCAAUUGUCGGUAUUGUGGAAUUCUCCCUUCACUUGGUCAACUGCCAGUACUGGAAGUACUUGACAUUGAUGCAAUGUAUGAAUUAGUCAGCAUUGACCAUGGUUUUUGUGGUUCAGGACCUUCUGGUACAAUUAAAGGCUUCCUAUCAUUGAAGUCGUUGAGAUUUCAUGAUAUGCCAAAAUUGGAGACAUGGGAAGGUUUAAAUGCCAUGGACAUGCCUUGUCUUCAUCAUCUUAUGAUUGAGGAAUGUCCACUCCUGGAAACCAUACCUUCACUUCAGUACCUUACUUCCCUUGAAGAAUUGGAAUUUAGCCAAUGCAGGGAUCUGGCAUUGCCAAUGGGACCACUACCUGAUUCACUUAAAGAAUUGAUUAUCAACGAAUGCGAUUUUCUAAGAGAUAGAUGCAGAAUUGAAGAAGGUGCAGAUUGGGGUAAAAUCAAAGACAUUCAAAGGAUAGAGAUAGAUCACAAUGAAAUUUCACUCCUUGUAUAACUCUUAGGAUAAAGGAACUGAAAGCAGUUGCAUCUCAAGUAACAUGGAACUUCAAUGGUUGAAUCAAGAACAUAUAUGGAUACCUCGAAUACAAGACCAGCAAGAGGUGGAGGACAAAGUAGGAGAGGAGCAAAGGUAAGCAGGGAGACAAAUUUAAAGUGCAAGGUGGUGUGCCUUGAGAGUUUCAGAGACCCACAAGGCACUCAAGAAUCUAGGAAUGUUUCUUGAAAUAAUGUCAAUGAAUAAGCAGAAUGUGCAGUACUGUAGUUGCAUGUUUUGGAUUAGUAACAUAUUUUGGAAAAUAGCAUUGUACUGUACUGAAUUGGAAGAUUAUUAGGUGUGUCUUUUUGGCAUUUUGGCUA